CGAGAUGGCCCCACGGCUGGGCGCGGUCCUGCUGUGUGAAGCCCGAGAGAGGCCAUGUCUAGUGUGGGCAUGGUCCAGGCGCGGCGGAGAGCGCGGGGCUGGCGCUGGGUGGUGGACCCUUGGGGGAGAUCUUUGGCUUCGCUAAUGUGAUGGCGGAGGCCUUGGGAAAGUCCAGGGAGCAGGACGCCACCCCUUACCCGACACUGGAAGAGGUGAUGGACACGGCCCUGACCAGUCCUGGGCAAGCCAGCCCCACCCGGCUCCCAAGGGACCCCGACCGCCUGCGUGCCCACCCGAACGCCAUCACAGAGCCUGGCACAUCCCGGCGGGCUUGUCUUCCAGGCGGCACCUGGAACUGAAACCGCAGUGAAACGGUAUUAUCAGAACUACUGUCCUUUUCAGAUCAACCUUUAAAACCCCGCCGAGCUCUACCAUCCUUCAUUCAUUCAACAGAUAGUUAUUGCUAUGUGCCAGGCAUUGUGCUAGAUGCUGGGAAUAUGACGACGUAUGAAGCUAACACGGUUUCUUGCCUGCCCUCCUGCGUCUUACACUCCUAGUGGAUAUUGAUAAUAGCUGCUGUGUUCCAAGCAUUGUGCUAAGCGUGGAAUAUCUCCUUCGAUCUUCAAUUCAGUGCCUUUGAGAGUGGAUGUUCACCCUUGGAACCCAGCCCCCAUGCUGUGAGGAAGCCCAGGCCACACUAAGAGGCCCACGUGGAAAGGAACCAAGGCCCAGAGCCCUAGGCCCUGGCUGAGCUCCGGUUGACUCACCAGCACCAACUUGCCAGCCAUUGAUAGGAAGUUUUCUUUCAAAAUACACUUUCCCCUUGAGUGUGGGCUGGACUCAGUGACUCGCUUCCAGAGAACAAAGUGUGAAAACGGAGAAAUAGUAACAGCGAUGGAGAACCCAGCAGACACUACCUUCACCAAGUGAUCAACGUUCACGUCACCCAGCACAACUGAAUAACCUGGCUGGAGGAGGUCACUUUCACUACUUCAUCCUUCUUACUGUAUCUAUCUCAAAGCUGCAAGUGGCAUUUUGUGGGAGAGGAGCAUCCCAUUAGAGACCUCCUGCGUGAAGGGCGAGCCCACAACAGCGUCCAUGGCUGCUGUCCGUGGUGCUGAUCAUCUACAGCUAGCUUCCUGCAAGAGAAGAAGCAUCAGAAAAAUCAUUGUGAAGUUCACAAUAAGUGAAUCUAAGGAUCCUACCCGCUACUCCCUAUGAUCAAGGAGAGUAGGUUUCCAGAAAGACUAGGUUAAUGAGCAUGCUUAAAGAGAAAGCCUUCAUCCCAUCCUCGUGAGGCAAGAUAACAUCCACAAGAUCUGAGGGCCGUCAUUCUAGAACCACAGGAAUCCUGGAAAGAGUCAAACUUGGGAGCAAGCUUAUUACCACUGGGUUCUCACACUUAGCCAAUCCUGUGCUUCUGACACCCAAGCCUUAGGAUCAGUUUAAUCAAGCCUUCCAAACCACUUUAGAUCUCCUCUGACUCGCCAGAAGAUUUAAGAUCUCCUGUUAAUUGUCAUGACUGGCUUCCUGAGUCCCUAAACGCCAACAAUGAUCCUCUAAAGUCCGUAAACUCUACAGAGGCACUACAAAAAGUUCCAAGGAGUAUAAAUAAAUUUUAGAAAAAGUGAUAUAUCAGAGAAGCCAAGAGAAGAGAGAGUUUCACUGAAGCAACUAUCAAUUAUAAAUGCCAAAGAAGGCACAGGUAGGGGAAUGAUGGAAGGCUAGAUGUUUUGCAACCCAGAAUUUACUCUUAUUUCGCUUUUGGGGAACCACCCCUUCCUCAGUCUCAGCCAGUUGGUUUUCAGUGAAGCUGGUUGUACUCAAAGGUGGAGCAUGUAAUCCAAACCUAAACCAAUCAGUGCGUUCCAUUAUUCUAAUCAUAGUGUCCAAUUAGAGGUUGAAACAUACCUCAAGCAAAGUAAUAAAGCCAAAUUCAGAACUAAACCUACAGUCUUUACUUGAGCCACCAGUCCUGCUGGACUUAGUUAUGUUCGUUUCGAAGCUGGAGCUAAUGCAGUCAUCUUAUGAAUGAACACUGAGAGUAGAGCCAAGACUCAAAGGGAGAGAAACCAGGACCUGGUGACAUCUUUUGAAUCCAGGUUUAAGCUGCGCCUGAAGAAAAACUCCCAAGUACAUGAGAUAAUUUGUUCCGUCCUUAAACCUAAGCUAGUUCAGGGUUGUUUGUUUCUGAUACUUGCAAUAUACUCUGUCUUAUUUAAAUUACAAAUAAAUACUAGAAGUGGACUGUUUUAGGUGAUGCAUGCUAAAUAUAGAACUGGCAAGAGCCUAGUAGGUGGGAUAUAGAGCAGUGAAAAUCCUGACACAGCUGGGAAGUCAGCAAGACUUUUCAUCUGUUAGCAAAAAUGCUGGUUAAGCUCUCCCCAGGGGAAGUUUUUCAUUGGCUCACUUGGGAAGCAUGCCCUUCUCAGAACCAACUGUGGCCAGAGAGAGAAGUGACUGGUGCUGAGAGUGGGGUUCCUACCACAAUCACAUGGACAUGAGGUAGGGGAAGAUGAUUCCCCAAUGGAAAAUGCAGGCUCUGUUGCCAGUUGAAAGUGGAAUGGAUUCCAUGUAGGCAAGAGAAACAGAUUCCAAGAAAUCUCCUGUGAUAGUCAUCUUGUGUGUACUUUCAACAAGACUCUCAUCAUCAUAGUGUGGUCCUUGGACCAGCAACAGAGGCAUCAGCUGGGAAAUUAGAAAUACAGAUUCCGGGGCUGGCCUGCUGGUGAAGUGGUUACCUUCGCGUGAUCUGCUUCUGCAACCCUGGGUUCGUGGGCCCAGAUCCCAGGUGAGGACAUACACACAGUUCAUCAAGACAUGCUGUGGCAGCGUCCCAUAUACAAAAUAGAGGAAGAUUGGCAUAGAUGUUAGCUCAGGGCCAAUCUUCCCCAUCAAAAAGGAAAAAAGAAAAAAGAAGUGCAGAUUCCCAAGCCCCACCCGACCCCUACUGAAUUAGAAUCUGCAUUUUAACACAACCGCAGGUGAUUGCAUACACGUUAAAGUCUGAGAAGCUCUGAGCGAGAACAGAUCCCUUCCCCUCUCUGGCCUGGUUCUUCCCUACCCAAAGGGGAUGUGAUGGAGGUGUCGUCUGUGGUCCUUCCCAGUUGCAAUUUUCUAAGUUCAUUUCUUGUAGUUAUCACCUUGAGUCCCUGUAGAAAGGCGGCUGAAGAGACCGAAGGAUGAGCAGCCUGGCUGAACAGGCCCUGCUGCCCACAGCCCAACGCAGGUGGAGGAUGAAGCCCUGGGCAAGAGGCUGUUUGAAACUUCUGCUGCUUGCCUGUGCCCCACAGUCCCAUCCCUGCCAUGGCUCCUGGAGAGAAGAUCAAAGCCAAAAUCAAGAAGAAUCUGCCCGUUACGGGGCCUCAGGCGCCCACCAUUAAAGAGCUGAUGCGGUGGUACUGCCUGAACACCAACACCCAUGGCUGCCGCCGCAUCGUGGUAUCCCGCGGCCGCCUGCGGCGCCUGCUCUGGAUUCUGUUCACGCUCACAGCCGUGGCCCUGAUUUUCUGGCAGUGUGCCCUCCUCGUCAUCUCCUUCUACACCGUCUCUGUCUCCAUCAAGAUCCACUUCCAGAAGCUGGAUUUUCCUGCUGUCACCAUUUGCAACAUUAACCCUUACAAGUACAGUGCUGUGCGGGACCUUCUAGCCGACUUGGAACAGGAGACAAGAGGGGCCUUGAAAACCCUGUAUGGCUUUUCGGAGAUUAAGUCUCGGAAACGCCGAGACGCAGAGUCCUGGAGUUCGGUCUGGGAGGGCACACGGCCCAAAUUCCUCAACCUGGUCCCACUGCUGGCCUUCAAAGAGGGUGAGAUGGGCAAGGCCAGGGACUUCCUCACAGGGCGGAAGCGGAAAGUCAGCGGGAGCAUCAUUCGCAAGGAAUCAGAUGUCAUGAACGUCCACGAGUCCAAGGAGGUGGUGGGAUUCCAACUGUGUUCAAAUGACACGUCCAACUGUGCUGUCUACACCUUCAGCUCGGGGGUCAAUGCCAUCCAGGAGUGGUACAAGCUGCACUACAUGAACAUCAUGGCCCAGGUGUCUCUGGAGAAGAAAAUCAACAUGAGCUACUCUGCCGAGGAGCUGCUGGUUACUUGCUUCUUUGACGGGGUGUCUUGCGAUGCCAGGAACUUCACACUUUUCCACCAUCCGAUGUAUGGGAAUUGCUACACAUUCAACAACAGACAAAAUGAAACUAUCCUCAGCACCUCCAUGGGGGGCAGUGAAUAUGGGCUGCAGGUCAUCUUGCACAUAAACGAAGAGGAGUAUAACCCCUUCCUGGUGUCCUCCACUGGGGCCAAGGUGAUUAUCCACCGGCAGGAUGAAUACCCCUUCGUUGAGGACGUGGGAACGGAGAUUGAGACGGCGAUGGCCACUUCCAUAGGGAUGCACCUGACAGAGUCCUUCAAGCUGAGUGAACCCUACAGCCAGUGCACAGAGGACGGGAGUGACGUGCCAGUCGAGAACAUCUACAAGGCUGCCUACUCCCUCAAGAUCUGCCUUCACUCGUGCUUCCAGACAAAGAUGGUGGAGAAGUGUGGGUGUGCCCAGUACAGCCAGCCUCUGCCCCCAGCGGCCAACUACUGCAACUACCAGCAGCACCCCAACUGGAUGUACUGUUACUACCAACUGCACCAGGCGUUUGUCCGGGAAGAGCUGGGCUGCCAGUCGGUGUGCCGGGAAGCCUGCAGCUUUAAGGAGUGGACACUGACCACCAGCCUGGCGCAGUGGCCGUCUGAGGUUUCCGAGAAAUGGUUGCUGUCCGUUCUCACGUGGGACCAAGGUCUGCAAAUAAAGAAAAAACUCAACAAGACAGACUUGGCCAAACUCUUGAUUUUCUACAAAGACCUGAACCAGAGAUCCAUCAUGGAGAACCCUGCCAACAGCAUCGAGAUGCUUCUGUCCAACUUCGGUGGCCAGCUAGGCCUGUGGAUGAGCUGCUCCAUCGUCUGCAUCAUUGAGAUCGUUGAAGUCUUCUUCAUCGACUCCCUCUCUAUCAUUGCCCGCCAGCAGUGGCAGAAAGCCAAGCAGUGGUGGGCCCAGAGGCAGGCGCCCCCCUGCCCCGAAGCUCCCCCCAGCCCUCAGGGCCAGGACAACCCAGUUCUCGAUAUAGACGAUGACUUGCCCACUUUCACCUCCGCUUUGCACCUCCCGCCAGCCCCAGGGACCCAGGUACCCGGCACACCGCCCCCCAAAUACAAUACCUUGCGCUUGGAGAGGGCCUUCUCCAACCAGCUCACAGACACCCAGGUGCCAGCUGAGUUCUGAGGCAGGGUGGGCAAGAAAGAUCUAGCCAAGACUACUAGUCAGGGGCUGAGAACUCCUGGACACAGAGAGGACCCUCUGCGCCCUCUCUGGGCCUUUCAAAGACAUUGACUAAAAGUCUGCCUUGAACAAGAUGGGCCCGGGCGUGUGCAGGGGACUUGUUGGACCAUCCAGAUUGAGAUAGAUCCUGCGGGCCUAACCCUUCGCACAUCUGCUGCAGAGAGAGAUGGGGCCCAGGAAAUGGUCGGCCUGGGCUCAGGCCAGAGGGAAGCCUGACGGAGCUCUUCGCCAGACCUGGAGAGAGAACGACUCCUCCACAGCCCCACCCGGGGUUUCACUUACUCCCCCAGCCCGAGCUGGGGCCCAAGGAUGUGACCUUAGGUACUGAGAACGGACAACCACUGCCUGUUGCCAAAGAGAGGAGGAGGCACCAGCCUGGAGCUGGAGCUGUUUGUGAAGAAACUGUCCUGAGUCAUUGACAGUGGGGCAAGGUCUCCUGUGUGCCCGCAGGCAGGGAGCUGGCCCGAGGACCUUGGAGUGUGUAGCUGGGAGGGGCGACUGCGGAAGGCCUGCAGGUGUGACAAGAGGCCUUCACUUGGGGGUGUGGGUGGGGCCAUGUUCUGAGCAGCUGAGCCAGUGCCCUGGGCCCCUCACCCAAGCAGAGAAGGGCCAGUUAGAGGGCAUUGUGGACACUCCUGUCCAGCGGUAGUCCAAGGCUUGGAGGACUGGCUACCAAUAAGCUACCUCAGCUGCUCUUUCUCCAAGGCAGACCCCCACCGAUGGUCUGCCCCUCACCAGCGAGCCAACCACCGUAUUCACGCUUCUGACGUGAGAAUAGCUAACGGGUAUCAAGUACACAGCAGUUGUUCGAUGUCAGAACCGUGUCCUGGUGCCUCUAGGCACGGACAGAGAUCAGCAUGGGGGACAGCAAACUGCAGCCCGCGGGCCAAAUCUUGCUUUUGCCCGUGAGCUAAGAAGAGCUUUUUUUUUUUUCAUUUUUAAAUGGCUAAAAAUAUCAAAAGAAAAAUAUUUGGUGACUCAGGAAAAUUCUAUGAGAUUCAAAUUUCCGUGUCCAUAAAUAAAGUUUUAUUGGUACACAGUCA